UUGAAUUUGAUUUUUAGGUUAUGAAAACAAAAACAUAACCUCAACCUUCAUCUAACCUUAUAAAAUAUAUUUUUUUGUGGCAAAAUUUUUAGUGAAAGAAUCAAAAUGUCAACAAGACAGGCAUCAAAACUCGAAGAUCUACCUCAAGAGGAAUUAAAAUCGUUCUUCGAUAAUUUCGACGUGAUAUUAACGGAUUGCGAUGGAGUUAUAUGGAUUGAAAAUAAUGUAAUAACCGGGGCCCCUAUGUUACUGAAUCAAUUAAGAGAUAAUGGUAAAAAAGUAUUUUUUGUAACGAACAAUUCUACGAAAACCAGGGAGGAAUUUGUUAAUAAAGCCAAAGGAAUGGGAAUAGAAUGUGAUAUUAAUGAGGUUAUGUCUACAUCAUAUUUAGCAGCUUCUUAUUUAAAAAGUUUAAAUUUUAAAUCAAAAGUGUACAUUGUUGGUUCAAGUGGAAUAUCCAAAGAACUAGAAUUAGUUGGGAUUGAAAGUAUAGGAGUUGGACCGGAUGUUUUAAAUGUACCCUUAAAUAGGUAUUUAGAUAAUUACACUGAGGAUCCUGAAGUUGGGGCUGUAAUUGUUGGUUUUGACCAACACAUUUCUUAUCCCAAAAUGAUGAAAGCUGCCACUUAUAUAAAUCAACCAAAUUGUCUUUUUAUAGCAACUAAUACAGAUGAGAGGUUUCCAAGAGAAGGUUCUUAUGUUAUUCCAGGUUCAGGGGCUAUUGUAAAAGCAAUUGAAACCUGCGCCGGCAAAGAACCUGUUUUAAUGGGUAAACCUGGAACAUAUAUUUAUGAUGCUUUAAAGAAACUUUGUGAUAUUGAUCCAAAAAGGACUUUAAUGAUUGGUGAUAGAUGUAAUACGGAUAUUUUAUUGGGUACGCGAUGUGGUUUUCAGACAUUGCUGGUUUUAACAGGAGUGACAAGACUAGAAGAAGUCGAAAAUUGGAAAAAAUCGACCAAGCAAAGCGAUUUGGAUUUGGUGCCUGAUUUCGUCACACAUUCCAUUGGCGAUCUUCUAAAGUACUUAUAAAUUAGAGAUAAUUGGUAACUUGUUUUUAAUUUAUAAAAAGAACGGGAAAACAGCCUUUCUAUUCUUUGGUAAAUCUUCGAAUUUUUCUUGAUACCACCAAUGAGUUAAAAGCGAUGUUUCAACCUAAAAUUAAAUAAAUAUACAAUUAUUUAUUCAUAUUA